AUGGCCAGGGAACGCUGCUGUUCCCUGGCCAUGCCCAUCUGGCGCCGCUCCGCCAAUAGCGGGAACCCUCUGCUCCAGCCGCUCUGCUCUCCGCAGCCACAAGGCGCCUCCCACUCCACUCCUAGCCGCGCCGGGAAAACAAGCCCCRCAGCGAUGCUUUGUUUCACCCUCCUCACCUUACUUUGCUGUGCCUUCACCAGUGCAGAAGUCAACCAGGCACGUUCUUCAUCCUUUUCUGGCGAGUUUGGUGGGGGCGGCGGAAAACGCUUCUCACACUCUGGGAACCAGCUGGACGGACCCAUAAGAGCCAUUAGGAUUCGAGUUACCCGCUCUCACAUUACAGGUAUCCAGGUCCGGUAUGGCAGAGAGUGGAGCGAGUACCAGGGAGGCUCAGCUGGAGACCUAGAGGAGAUCUUCCUGUUUCCAGGCGAAUCCAUCAUCCAAGUCCAGGGGAAAUUCAAUAGCUACGUCAGCAGACUUGCGUUUGUCACUGACCGAGGGCGCUACUUUCCCUUUGGAAUGGGCAGAGGUAUCAGCUUUAAUGCUGUUCCGCUGUUCCCUGGCACCGUCUUGCGUUACAUCAGUGGCAGCUCCGGUUCAAUCAUUGAUGCCAUCAGUUUCCACUGGGAUAACAAACCCACUGGGAUAACAAUGCCACUGGGAUAACUAUCCCACAACUUUCCCAGUUGUGGAAAGUGAGCAUAAAACAGCAA